CGAACCACGGGUCUGCUGGCCAAGGUUCAGUUCCAGCCGACGGACGACGCACCGCUCCGGGUCGGGCUCGGGUCGGCCAACGACAUCUUCCCGACCACGCGACCCGUCGUGUUCACGGUCAAGACGGGAACCGGCGUUGUGGAAAUGUUCAUUAUCGAGACUGCCAAGGGACAGCUUCUGGCCAACGGUACGGGCAAAACACUGAAGUAUACGCUCAACUUUCCUGAGCCAGGCCAGCACGACGUCUUUGUAUACGCCUGGAACCACGUGCAACACAGAACGGAUCCCUUCGUCGUCAGUUUCCGUAGCAUGGAACCGAUUGAAGGACUGGAUGUCUACAUGAAUGAUACUACUCCCAAGGACGAGCACAUCCGCAACUUCAUGGUGACCUUCGACCUGAGGGGCACCGAUACGUGCGUCGUGGUGGACUACGGUGACGAGUCACCCAAGCGGGCCUACGGCUCUCGCUCCCAGUGCUUCACGCGAUACCGGCCCGAGCAGUUCCAGUUCGAAGGAGACCUCGAGAACCCGCUCUGGCUGCAGAACGUCUACGAGCGCGGGUUCGACUACGUCUUCACCCUGCUGGCCUUCAACGACAUCAGCGAGCAGACGAGUGUGCUCAACUUCACGGUGAACAACGAACCGUGCAAGCCACCCGUUAUCAAGAUACGCAACCAAGUUCUGGACCCUGCAAACGCUACCGUUUUUUACAGAUUGCACCCGGUGGAGCUGUAUACUUUCACGUCCGUCGAGUGCAACAUCUCCAUCGACGUGACGCGGGCCUGGGAGGCGUUCCUCAUGAACGAGACUGGCGACCCCAUACGGCAGAUCGACUUGACCAUGCUUGACUCACGCACAAAGUCGAUGAUCUUCCUUCCUGAAUUCUUCCUGGAGGCCGGGCUCUACAAGCUGCGCUACAACGUUAACAUGAGCGCGCCGAGAGCCAAGCCACCCAUGUUCCACAAGCGUUUCGCCGAGACCUACAUAGAAAUGAAGCCUUCGCCUCUGCUGCCUCAAAUGUCCAACGGCGCUCAGUCAAGGAUAACCAGGGGCUUUCCCCAAACACUCACGCUCAAUCCAGGCAACUAUUCCAUCAACCCUGACGACCCCUCUGACAAGAACUUCAGCGUGACCUGGUUCUGCCGCCGGGUUCCCAACGAGGUCAUCAACCGUACCGUGCCGGACGACGAGCAGAACGUGACGGAUCCCCUCUACCACCGGCUACGCAGCCUCGACAACAUCACGGCCAAGGGUCACGACUUCGACGUGGCCGGCUUCCUCGCGGCGGAGAACCUGGAAGACCGGGGCGGCUGCUUCGGCACAGGCCCAGGCCGGAUCAACAUCACUGGCGGAGACCUGGAGUGGAGCACCAUAGUGUUCUACAAGCCUAAUGCCACUUACGAGAUACUGGCCAAGCUGGAGAAGCCAGACCGUCCACCGUCUUGGGGAGCCAUACAGCUUGUGCUUAUGGAGAAAGUCCCACCUUCCAUCAGUGUUCAGUGCCAGACGGAGAAGCUGUGCUACCCCAACGACCCUAUCGGCCAAAAGAUCAACCCUGUACGCGUGGGCCUCAUCGGGCUCUGCAUCGAAAACUGCGACGGGGAGAUGAUCUAUAACUGGGAAGUGUUCGGCAGCGACAAUCUCACAGAGGUGUACCUGGAGGAUGCCAGGGACUACCUAGUCGGCGCCACGGAGCAAAAGAUGGCGCUGUCGGACGACUUCUUCAAGGUGUACUAUCCGAGCUUCGGCGACUUCGUGGCUCGCCUGACGGUGACCAACCAGUGGGGCGUGAGCGGUAUCUCGGACCUGUUCCUGCACAUCAACAAGCCUCCCGAGAACGGCAUCUGCUCCUUCGAGCCUCAGGAAGGGCGUGCCCUCAUGGACAAGUUCAAGGCGUCGUGCUCGGACUGGAGCGACCCCGAGGGACUCGACAUUGAGUUCUUCGCCUUCUGGGUACGCAACGUGGCCAACGGGGCGUUGACAUUCCUGACGUACGGUCCAGACAGUGAGGUAACCCUCGUGCUGCCCUACGGCGAGUACCAGGUGGGUGCCGACGUCAAGGACAAGGAAGGGGCCACCACGCGCGUCAACAUGACCACCAUCUCAACUUACCUGCCCACUCGGCAAGAGUUCGAGCGUUACCUGGGCGAGCGCUCGUUGGACAACGCGGACGCCGCCGGAGACCAGGCGCGCAUGAACCAGAUGUCACAGGCCAUCACGUCGCUCAUGAACGUGCGCCUGCCCGACGAGUUUGAGAACGAGAUCAACUAUUCAGACCCUGCGGUGCUCGACCGUGAGCUAGAGGAGCAGGCCCUGCUGAGGGCCAAAAUGGUACGCUCCGUGUCCUCCAUCAUGAACGUGGACACACUUAGCAGCCUGGAGCAGGUUGGCAGCGCCCUCACCGCCAUCGCCGGAGACGGAAAUGGCGUCGACAACGAGGGAAAGGAGGUGAUCAUCAAACUGCUGAAAAAGACCGUGUCGCUCGCUUCGAACUUGAAGGUGGAAGCACCCCAGCAACUUCUCGACUUUUGCAUGUACGCUGUCGGCACCAUGGGAGGCAUCGUCUCGCGCAUGACUCAGCAACUCAUCUCGGGCAUAGUAAUGCCCACGGACCGAGCCAAGGCAGUCAACCUCGAGUACGACACCGAGAUCGCGCUGGAAGGAGAACCCGAAAAAGAGAGCCUCUUCGACGGGACCGUUCCUAUGGACGUCGCCUUAGCGAGAGCAGUUGUCCUCAAUGAAAGAAAGGAGGCCGAGCGCCAGAUCAGCACCAUGGUGGAUCUGACCAUCGACCUGGUGUUGGCCAUCCUUCGGAAUAUCAUCGUCGGAGAGAAACCCCUGGAGUUUCGCGCGCCCAGCGGUCUCGGCCUUACCAUAUCCAUGUUCAGCGGCGGAGCGCUGAGCGGUCGAGCCAUUCAGCACGGUGACGCGGUGUACAUCUUUCCCGGAAUCUGUGACGUCCUCGCCAGCCGACCAACAUGCGCCGGGAACGAGACUCUCGGCGUCAUGGCCGUGUCGUGGCCGUCGAUCCUGCAGUCCUUCGGCGGCAGCGUGGACGUGCUAUCCGAGGACACGCAGACGUUGCAGUUGGUCAUCCUGGACGAAAACCUGUACCGCGUGGACGUCAGCAACACCACCGACUACUUCGAGAUCAUCGUGCCGCGCAAAGGGGCCAAGGAUAAUACAACGGGCCUCCCGGAGCCGACAGAGUUUUCGCCGCAGGUGAAGUGGAACGAGGAGAUGGUGUACCACCAGUUCGUGGUGCCCAAGCCGGACUCCGCCGUCAACGUCGAGAUUACGCCGCAUGACCCGAGCUCGCAGUUCCUCGUCUACAUCAGGCACCGGGUCAAGCCGCAGCUCAACGCUUACGACCUCAUGGUCAAUUUGUCCACAAUACGCAGCACCAACGGCACGUACGACAUAUUCCUGGACAACGCCCUCGUUGCCAACCGAACUGGCUUCUUCUACCUGGGCCUGGUCCAGCCAAACGGCAGUGUUCCCGAGUUCAGCAUGGACGACCCGGUCAACCUAACCCUGUCGGAUGUGAGCCGGGAGUUCAGCACAAACUAUUCCGUGCGCAUCUACACCUCCGGAUGUUACUUCUUCAACUCGAAGACGAAGACGUGGUCGGCCGACGGUUGCUUCGUGGCGAACGCCAACUACGCGGUGACCAAGUGCAAGUGCAACCACUUGACCUCGUUUGGCAGCGGCUUCUUCGUGAUGCCCAACACGAUCGACUUCUCGUACGUGUUCGCCAACGCGGGCUUCGCCGACAACGUCACCAUCUACAUGACCGUCGUGAUCACUAUGCUUGUCUACAUCGUGCUUCUCAUCUGGGCACGCUACGAGGACAGGAAAGACGUCGAGAAGCUCGGAGCAUUGCCUCUGCAAGACAAUGAUCCCAAGGACAAGUAUAUUUACGAAAUCGCCGUAUUCACGGGUGACAAGAAAGGAGCAGCUACGGAUUCAAAUGUGUUCUUCAUCCUUUCCGGCGAUGAUGACGAAACAGAAGUGCGCACUUUUGGGGAACAGAAGCGAAAGAUAUUCCGGAAAGGCGCCGCGGAUACGUUCGUUAUGACAGUGCCUCGGCCUCUCGGUCGCCUGAACUACAUGCGCAUCUGGCACGACAACAGCGGCAAGGCCUCGAUGCGCUCCUGGCACCUGCGCUUCAUUUCGGUGCGCGACGUGCAGACCAACGCGCGCUACGACUUCAUCGCCAACAAGUGGUUCGCCGUCGAGAAGGAUGACGGCCUGACGGACCGCUUGCUGCCCGUGGCCGGCAAGGACGAGGCGACCGAGUUCAGCCACCUGUUCCAGCUCAAGUCUCAAAAGAACCUCGCCGACGGCCACCUGUGGUUCAGCGUCUUCAUGCGUCCGCCAAAGAGCCGCUUCACGCGCGUCCAGCGCGUCUCGUGCUGCGUGGCGCUCCUCUACCUGUCCAUGCUGGUGAAUGCCAUGUGGUACGGCCAGGUGCCCUCCAAGCCAUCGGCAUCGGCAGUCAACCUUGGCCCUUUCUCGCUUAGCCCAGAACAGGUGGGCGUGGGUAUCAUGGCCAACCUGAUCGUGUUCCCGCCAACCUUCCUGAUGAUCACGCUCUUCCGGAGGUCUCGCCUGCGACGCAAGAGACCCAACAGGAUCACCGAGGCCCUCCGCCAGAAAAGAGACUCGCUGGUGGUGAGCCGCGCCUCGUCGGCGGCGGCGUCCAAGCCGCUAGGCCACGCCGGCAAGUCCGAGUCGACGAUGCAGCUGACCGAGACCGAGCUCAACAACGUCUUCGAGGAGAAGGCCUUCGCCCAGAGGCGCCGCCUGCAGCAGGGCAGGCGCAAGCGAAAGGGCAAGUUCAUGUUCCCCUGGUGGUGCCGCUACGUGGCCUGGUUCCUCUGCCUGGCCUCCAUCUUCGUCUCGGUGUUCUUCAUCUGGGCCUACGGCGUCCAGUUCGGCGACGAGAAGACCCGCAAGUGGAUCACCUCGCUGCUUGUCUCCUUCUUCAUGUCCGUGCUCAUCACCCAGCCCAUCAAGGUGUUCCUGCUGGCCAUCAUCUUCUCGAGCCUGUUCAAGUCUCCGGACAAAGACGACGACGAAGCGGAAGAGGAUGAAGAAGAACCCGAGCUCCUCGAGCACGAGGAGUGGCUGCACAGCGACGCGCCGAACCACCGGCGGCGGCGACUGUACAAGCCGCAGAAUAGCUGGGAGCUGGACCGCGUCCGCGAAGAACGUCUCCGGGAGCUCAAAAUGGCGGCCAUUCUGCGGGAGAUUGGUAGCUACCUCUUCUUCCUGUGGAUCCUCACCGUGCUGUCGUACGGAAACAGGGACCCCAGCGCCUACUUCCUGCAGCAGAGCCUCAGACACGAGUUCGUCGACAAUGGAAAGUUCAUGGAGAUCUCCAGUGCCCAGCAGUUCUGGAAGUGGUCGCGCGAGGUGCUGGUGCCCAACCUGAAGGCCGGCCCGUGGUACAAUGGAGAACAGCCAUUCGGACUGCGUGGAUUCCUCGGGGACAGGGUGAACCGCAUCAUGGGAUUCGCAGCGAUCAGGCAGAUACGCGCUCGGCCCCACUCGUGUCGAGUGGAGAAGCUCAUGCGCAACCUCGUGGACGAGUGCCGCGGCCAGUCGAACCUGCUGAACGAGGACAAGCUGAGCUACCAGCCAGGAUGGAAAGAAGUAGCUGACCCCAACAGCCCCGUGGACGAGUGGCAUCACCGGAGAGCCAAGGAGCUGAACGGACUUCCCUUCUGGGGAAAGCUGGACGUGUACGGCGGAGGCGGAUACCUGGUGCCGCUGCGAGGCUCCAACCAGAAGAUCAUCGACAAGCUCAAUCAGCUGGAGAAGGCAGACUGGAUCGACGGUGGCACCAGGGCCGUAUUCGUCGAGUUCGGCGCUUACAAUGCCCAGGUGAACUUGUUCGGCGUGGUGACGAUCUUGGCCGAGUUCCAUCCGGGAGGCGGCCUGAUCCCCAACGUUCGCAUCGACGCCAUCCGGCUGAUGCGCUACCACCAGGGCUUCGGCUUGUUCGUGCUGCUCUGUGAGCUCGUGUUCGUCGGAUUCGUCGUGUACUUCUCGGUGCACGAGUUUCGCACCUUCCUCAACCUGCGGGCCGACUAUUUCCGCAGCUACUGGAACAUCGCAGAACUGGUGGCGCUCGGGCUCUCCUACUCGGCCAUGUUCUUUUACAUAUCGCGCAUGAUUGUCACCAACAAGAUACUCAAGACCUUCGAGCGCAGCCACGGGAACGGCUACGUCAAGCUGCAGGUGGUGGCGGCCAUCGACGAGCUGUUCGGCUACCUGAUGUCCUUCCUGAUAUUUAUCUGCAUUCUCAAGUUCACCAAGAUGCUACGCUUUAACAAGCGCAUCGGAAUCCUCUACAGCACGUUAGCCCAAUGCUCCAGGGACCUCAGUUCCUUCUUCGUAGUCUUCUGGGUCACCUUUCUCGCCUUCGUGCAGGUGUUUUACAUACUGUUGGGGACCAAGAUGAAGGAGUUCUCGACUUUUGUCACGGCUGCCGAAACGGCGUUCGACAUGGCGCGAGGCCAAUUCAAGUUCGACGACAUCGCGAUGGCUUCGCCUGUCGUCGGACCAUUUGUCUUCUUCGUGUUCGCCCUCGUGACCUCCGUCAUCCUGCUCAACAUAUUCGUGACGCUCAUCAUCAGUUCCUUCCAGUCCGUGAAGGAAGACGUCGAAAAGCAGUGCAACGACUUCGAGAUGGUCAGUUACGUGGGCAAGAAGUUCAAGGGAUUCCUGGGACUGGCUUCGGCAGACCUCGAACCGGAGACGUCCAAGCCACCCACGCUGGAGUCGCAGAUCAGCACCUUCCCGGAGAAAGUGGACCGGCUCCUGUUCUACAUCAACGACAUGUACUUCGACGGCCGGCUCGACCUGUCGGGAAAACGGGCCCUGCGCGCACUGUACAAGGCACCAGAGCCCACACCGGCUCAGCAGGCGCCCUUGCAAGGGGCAAUGCUCGACUGGAUGGAGGUGUCCGACGAACCACUCGACGAACCCGCGCCGCGACGGAGGAAGAAGAAGCGCUUCUAAACGGCUGGCCUUGGAAGCACUCGGAAACCUGGAGUCCUCUCUCAUUUGUCUCGAUGUCGUACGACUUGAGCGUGGAAUGCUAUAUGGUCCCAGGCUAUGAACCAUUUUAGUUUUUGUUAGAAAUUGUGUGCUGUUAAUGAAAAAGCGUAUGGGUGUCA